GAAGUGGCUGAUGCGAUGGAUGCCACAACAAGUAACUUGGGGAAUGAGCAAAUUGACGAUAACGGCGAUCUGCCCGAAGAAAACCCAAACCCUACAGAAGAAAACCCUAACGGCGAUCUGCCCGAAGAUAAUAAGACAGAGAACAGUUAUAUAUGGGCCCAUGCUAGAAUUUUGGAUUCGAGAGAUCGAGGUCAUAUGUUUUUUUCGCAACCCGACGAAAUACCUACGUGUUCCAUUGUGGUCACACAUGAAAAUGCAACAGUACGAUUAAAAGCAAGAUGUAUAGGUCGUUUUGAAAGGUGGAACAACGUCAUGGAAAUCCCAAUGCGCACCAUUACGGAAGAAGCUGAAAAUGUUUGGGCCGAACCAUCAGCCGAAAUUAUCGAACUUAUCGAGCAAUUCAAGAACGAAACAGUGCUUCAUGAAGAAGAAAUUUGGCCAAUUCAAAGUGAAUAUAUUUUGAAACUUGCGGCAAUUUACAGCAAAAUGCAUCCUGAAUCUACAUAUCCUCAUGUUCACACUUACAGUAAUUUGCUCAACUUUUAUUUUGAAGUGCACGUAUAG